AUGUCUCAACCGUUAAGAGUAGAUGACUUUGUAGAUGAACUUAAAAAAUAUGACAGAAAAGAGGAUUUUAUGGCAGUAAUGAAAUAGUAUGAACAAAGGUAUUCAAAAAUAACAAUCUAGAUAUUAUGAUUAAUUUGAAUAAUUUGCGAAUNAUAUUAUGGUCCCAUAAUCAAGUUUUUCAAUGAAGGCUUACAUUUUUAUAUGUUAUUUGAUCUAAAUUUUUCUUUAAUUUAAUAUUAACCCAACCUAAAGUUGUCACAUUAAUUGA